UGGGGAGAAUCGCCGCCAAGUCGCCACGUAUCGGAGGAGAAAGAGAGAAACAAGAAGAGAGAGGGAAAGAAGAUCCCCGACCGACUUCCUCGUAGCUUCCUCGUAAUCGUGAUCGUGAUUGUCGUUAAGUUAACCCCGACCGAUCGUUUCCACUUGCGCGAAAAGUGAAACAACACGAUAUAAGUAAUAGGCGGCCACGGGAUGACUUUUCAUUUCCGUCCUCCUCGCCCGGUUCUGAGGAAUUCACUUGCGUGAACUUUGCAACUCUCCCGCGCCGCGAACGACAUCCGCGGACACGUUCACACUUCACGUUGAGAUUCAAACGAUACGCCGUUAGUCGUUAGCGCCACUUGACUUCCACGAAAAGUUCGAAAUAGCCGUUGAUCACAUCGAUGUUCGAUUUCGCACCGAAUUUUUACUCGCGGACGGCCGUAUACUUCACGGAUAAAUCGAUUUUCUCCAUUAGAUACACGAAGAAGCGGCUUAGAAUUCCAACUAGAAUGCUGUCCAGGAAUAUCAGAACGGAAUCAGGAAGGUCUGGAACAUCUUUUACAAUCGAACCAGUCUACGGCAUCGACCAAAGUUCGCGUUUCUUUCUGGUGUCACUGGUGUCACGUAGCAGGACUUUAUCUCCAUGGAUCAAAAACGUGGAAUAUCACACGAAACCUGCAUAUUCGAACGUUUCAACAUGUGAUAUAUCGUGAUCGUAUUUCUUAUUAAAGUUUAUGUUAUUAAUAUUCGCGUAUUUCGGGAGUGCCGUGCAAAGUAUCGCGCGAUCUUAUUUCCGUUUUUGCAUUUUUACGCGAGUGUUGUGAGUGCAAUAAGGAACCUGAGAAAAGGAGGAGGUACAGCUAAUGAGGGACGACGAGACGGUAGAGAGAGAGCAACUAAUAGGAUGCAGGAGAUGGAUCAGGCGGGGGUCGCGGGACGCGGGCCUGAUUGUCUGUCCAUCGCAAACGGGGCACAGGCAGCACACGUAACAGGCACGCCGAACGUGUACCGGAUGGAUCGCACCGUGUUCCAAGUAUUACAAGAGCGAUCUCCUGCGUGUCAAGACUGCCGAUGCGGCAAGAGGCCGUGCGCGGGGCACACGUCCCUCUUCUUCGUGUGCCAUCUUCUUCGCCGGGAACGCCAGGGUGUGGCGCUAGAACCCGAAGAACGACCUUAGACACGACCUCGUCUAAGACUUACAAAAGCCGUGUCGCACCUUCCGUUUCGGCAGCUGAUGAACAAGUAUCCUGCGCG